UGGUGCUUCGCUGGUCACAGGGUUUCAUGAACUGUGCCCGUGUUCCCACAAUCUCCCGAUCCACCCGCUACUACGCCUCGCCGGCUACGGCAAGCGCAGAGGGUUCAGUUUAAGGCUUUCUGGUUUCCCCAGUGUCAACACUUGGACAGAGGCAGAGCGCUGCUGCGGAGCAACGACGAUGUCGGAGCAGGAGUCUCUGAGGUGCUCCAGUGCCAGAAACCGUGGAGGCGUCCAGAGGGUCGAAGGAAAACUGCGUGCCAGUGUAGAGAAAGGGGAUUACUAUGAAGCACAUCAGAUGUACAGGACUUUAUUUUUUAGGUACAUGUCACAGGCAAAACAUGCUGAGGCCAGGGAGCUGAUGUACAAUGGCGCUCUGCUCUUCUUCAGCUAUAACCAGCAAAACAGUGCGGCAGAUCUGUCCAUGCUGGUGCUGGAAGUGUUGGAGAAAUCUGAGACGAAAGUUGUAGAUGAAAUAUUAGAAAGCCUGGCUAAGCUGUUCAGCCUGAUGGAUCGGAACUCUCCGGAGAGAGUAGCGUUUGUGUCCAGGGCCUUGAAAUGGUCCACAGGAGGGUCCGGCAAGUUGGGUCACCCAAAACUCCAUCAACUGCUAGCUGUCACCUUGUGGAAAGAGCAAAACUACAGUGAGUCUCGUUACCACUUCCUGCAUUCGUCUGACGGGGAGGGCUGCGCACAGAUGCUGGUGGAGUAUUCAGCAUCACGAGGCUUCCGCAGUGAGGUCGACAUGUUUGUGGCGCAGGCCGUCCUACAGUUCCUCUGCUUAAAGAACAAAAACAGCGCUUCUGUGGUAUUCAGCACAUACACAGAGAAACACCCGUCCAUAGAGAAGGGUCCUCCCUUCGUCCAGCCUCUACUAAACUUUAUCUGGUUUCUGCUGCUGGCAGUGGAUGGGGGUAAAUUAACGGUUUUCACAGUGUUAUGUGAACAAUAUCAACCUUCCCUGAAGAGGGACCCCAUGUAUAAUGAGUAUCUCGACAGAAUAGGACAGCUUUUCUUUGGCGUUCCACCCAAACAGUCCCCAUCGUACGGUGGUCUGCUAGGAAACCUGCUGAACAGCCUGAUGGGAUCUGGCGAGGAGGAUGACGGGGCUGAAGAAGCCCAGGAGGACAGCAGUCCCAUAGAGCUGGACUGAGUCUGCAGCCCAGGACAGUGAGAACAAACAAACACAAAAAAGAGGAGGAAGACCACCCUACCUCCCUUCGUCAUCUGACAGCAGGGAUGGGGCGAGGCUCUGGUCCGCGUUUUCAGAGACGUGCUGUUUCCAGAAACCCCCAUCCCGCCUAUCCAGUCCAAAAUCAGAAAAAGAAUCGGGCCGCCAAAACAUCACUGUCAGCACUGCCUGGACUGACUGCGCCAAACUGCAAACUCUUCCCGUGUUGAAUUAUUGUUAAGAUUAUAUUAUUUUAUUUUAAUCAUUAUUUUUGCUAGGUUGGGACUCUUGCUCUGUGUUUAGGAUUUAUGUUUUUUCUUUUUUUUUUUUUUUAACCAACAAAUAACCAACUGUCCUCUCCCUGUGAAAACCUGCUCCCAAGAGAUGGGAGUCUCCCAGCAGAGAGGAUGGCAUCCCAAGUUAAACCCCUCUGCAUAGUGCUAAUUACAUCAUUGUAAGAGGGUUUAGUCAACUCACUACAAAUAUCCGACUGUUUUGUUUGUCAUACAGCCGCACAGAGCCACACACCAUCAGAGCCAUUGUGUUGCUGUUGGUACUUUUCAGCAACUUAUUCCGUUAAGAGUUUCUUCUGUCAUUAGUAAAUUAAAUUGUACUUGUAGCGAAGGCUGAAUUUGAGUUUCCCAUCUCUAAUUUGUCCAUUGGCUUUAUGGACAAAAAAAGACAUCAGAGCUCUGCUGAAGUUAUUACCAGAGCUCAUCUUGCACCUUGAAUUUCAACCAACAAAACUUUUCUGCUCAGUGUCACCUCUAUUGGUCAUAGUGGUGGCUGUCAUUUUUUUUUAAAUUCAAGUGAAUUACUACAAACAUAGAGCUGUCUGUAUACAAAUAGCUCCAGUGCAGAGGUCUCACUUUUUAACGUGCACCUGCUGAACUGCUGCUGAGCGUGAUUGCACUGUCUCCAAGAGAAAUUGUGUUGGAACAUCCAGUUAUGGCCUUGUAACAGUUGCCAGAGGUCAGAAAAUUUUUUUGGCAAUGAGGUAUUUGAAGCAAUUAGGGUCUGUAAAGUGAUCUUGAGAUGAGUGGAGCCAAAGGAGACACUGUGAAAACCUGUCUGUUGGAGUGAAUCUUGCUUUGCAUGUUACAAAUACUAAUAUUUAAACCUGCCGCUUACCUUACUAUUUCUGGCUUAGUUUUUUGUCUCUUUUUCUGUUCUCCACUCUAUUUAUGUUAAAUGGUUCCUCUUGGAGGUGGAUCAGUAGUCCCUCAUUAGUUCAGCCUGUGCACAGUACAAUAGUUGCUCUUUAUCAGUGUUAACUUCAUGGGCCCUCAGAGAACACAAUUACUGCCCCCUGACCGCUUUCUUUUCUUUGCUCACAUCAUUCAAUCUUCAGUCUUCAUUCAGCUUCGUCUUGUCCUUGUAGUGACAUUCAAUCAGUCCAGGUCUUGUCAGUUUGCUGUUCAAGUUUUUUUUUUUCUGCUGUGCUCCAGAUAAUCUAGAGGGGUCAAAUUGCUCCCGUGAAGUCAAAAUUUUGAUUAAAUACUAGGAAACUAGGAAUGUGCACAGGUAUUCCAAUGUAGAGUAGUGAUUAUUUACUUCUGUGUAAUUAUCUGUGUGGGACUUUGGAAGUCCAAAAUGGCCAAUAUUAAAUAAAGCUGUUAUGAAAUCAAUAAUCACAUGAAUCAGUUGAGUAAAAUGUAAAUAUGAACCAAUACAAUGUAAGAUAAUUCACUACAUUAUUUAAAACUAAUUAGAUUUUUGGUUAGUGUUAUUUUAACCUUUUUUUUAAUUCUCAUGAAUAAUGCAUGAAAUUAAAUAAAUAAGGAACUCCAGGAUAAAAAUAAGAUUGCUUAAAAAACUAUUUCAUGAUAAUUGUUUUAAUAAUUUUUAGAAUAAUGCUACAGGUUAAUAUUUUACUUUUAUUUCAGAAUUUGUGAUUUAUUUAUUUAAUAUUGGUCAUUUUGGCAUUCCACACAGGACUGGCUGGCUCAAUGUCUUAGUGCUACAGAAGGACGGGUAGAAUAGUGUCGAGUUGUCAGUGUACAUGCUCCACUGUGAUUGCAUCUAUCUAAUGUUGUUGUUGAAGGUGCAACAAAGAGACCAGUGAUGUGGCAGUCAAAGAUUUAGUUAACAGCAGUGGUCAUCAGACACCGGGGGAAAAUAAAAAAAAUCUUCACUUCCUGCAAACAAUUAUUCAAAUGACUCAACUUUAGCAGAAUUUUGGUCAAAUGUUUAAGUCAUGAAAAGUCCCAAUCCAGAAUCAGGAUUCUCUCUGGUGACCAGCUCUUCCUGCAGGCCUCUCUGUUACACCACUGAGGUCGGCCAUCCAGAACGGAUAUUCAGGCAAAACUGACUCUUAGGUUCCUCAACAACAGUACAGAUUUUCCAAAGAGAUCAACAAACUAAACAGUAUAGCAAAACAUGCUCUCCUACCCACAUCACACCAGUUUUUCUUAUGCAGUGUCAACUGUCAUAGCUUCAUUUUGCUUGACAUGUCAGGUGCAGAAAGAACAAAACUUUUGGAGAUUUUUCUUUUUUAGCUACCCUGAAAGUCAGUUUUGUCAGGAUUCUCCUUUAAUUAUCUGGCAGUAAAAAAGGUGUGUGACUUAAGGCCUACUGUGUGUGUGUGACAGUGAACAUCAUCACAGCUUUUGUAUUUGACAAUGUUUUCCUUUGAGAACUAAAGGGGGGUGUUUGCCUUUUCAAUGAUUCACUAAUUGAGUAAAUAAACUACAAUUGAGAACAAAUUGAAAAAAAAAAAACGCUGUCCUGUGCAUUUUUGAAAAUUUCAUAAUGGAGUCUAUUAAAAAGCUGAUACAUGGGGCACUAGUAAAGAAAACCCAAA